AUCAAGCAGUACAUAUGCAGGCACACAUAUUUGGGGACAUUCAUAGGCGUAUUAAUGGUCUUGACACUUCAGCGUGUGAAGAUAGGGCCGUGGGGUGGAACUGGAGGCCAUGCUUGGGAUGAAGGAGGCCAUGGUGCCAGUGCUGGCAGUUACACCGGAGUACGCCGAAUGAGUAUAGGGUCUUCCUGGUGUGUCAGCUCGAUGUUGUUUGAAUACGACGACAAUGGCAAACGUGUGAAAGGUACCCUGCAUGGAGAGAGAGACAAUGGAAUACCCGAGGAGGAGCUCGACUUCCAUGGGGAGGUGUUGACGCACAUGUGCGGCUACCAUGACAACCACCUCAUCCGGUGGUUGCAGUUCAGGAGCAACCGGAACAGGACGUUCGGACCAUACGGCAAUCUUCUAGAAGACCAGGCUGGAUGGACGCGGUUCGAGGUCUCCAUGGAGCACUCGGGGUCCAUCGUCGGCUUCUGCGGCCGGAGUGACGACUUCGUGGACGCCAUCGGCGUCUACGUCGCCGUCUGGAAUCCCGAGAGGUUCUAUGAUAGCAUGCGCAGGCAGGGCGUCCGCGUUUACCGGGCGUCGCCUCUGCGCAUGGACCUGCGUCAAAUAGAAGAAGAGAAAAAGAAGGAAGAAGUGGAACGUGGGCGCCUACAGAAGGAGCUCGAGGAGGGGCGAGAAAGUCUUCGGAACAUACGAUUGAAGCUUGAUAUGCCGCCGGAUCAGAGAAAACGCCUGAUACGACGCGACCUGCGAGUGGAGCAUCAAGAAAUCGAACGUCAGUUACAAGAGAUGCAGCAACUGGAACGCGAGCGUCAGCAACUGGAGCAACAAGAAAUCGAACGUCAGUUACCCUCGCGUCAGCAACUGGAGCAACAAGAAAUCAAACGUCAGUUACAAGACAUGGAACGCGAGCGUCAGCUACACCGGUGGAGAAACUUUGUAACCGGUGGAGAAACUUUGUAACCCCCUUUAGUCCCGGUUUCCAAACCGGGACUACCAAUCCGGGACUAAAGAUCGCUAUCUUUAGUCCCGGGUGAAAUAACCGGGACUAAAGAUCGAGCUGACCCAUUUUUUUUUUUACAUGGCCCUGUUGCUGCA